AUGGACACAAAUGUGCUGCCUUUCCCCUGGGGAAAGAUGAGAUUGCCUGAAACUAUGAAACCUCAACACUAUGACCUCCUCAUACACCUUAACCUGACCUCUUUGGCCUUUACUGGAGUAGUUCAGAUUCUCCUGGAGGUAGAACAGGCCACCAGAGGCAUCAUCCUCCAGAGCAAGAACCUCCAAAUCUCCAGAGCUUUGCUCUUGGGGCCAGAACAUCCUCAAGAUCUUCAAGUCAGUGAGUUUGAACCCUAUGAACAGACAGCUGUCUUCUCUGAUGGCUUCACAUUUAAGAGAGGAAGCCAUGUGGUGCAAUUGGAGCUCUCGGCCAACUUGUCUGACAGUUUUCAUGGGUUUUAUAAAAGUACAUACACCACAAGCAGUGGAGAGGUCAGGACAUUGGCAUCCACUCAGUUUGAAGCGACACAUGCUCGGGCUGCCUUCCCUUGCUUUGAUGAACCAGCGUUCAAAGCCAGCCUCACCAUACACGUACAAAGAGAGUCAAGGCACAUUUCCAUAUCCAACAUGCCCAAGGUACACAUAACUGAAGCCUCUAUUAAAAUGGUCAGUAUUUGUCUUGGUAAUGGUCUACUGGAGGAUCAUUUUGACACAACAGUGAAGAUGAGCACCUACCUUGUGGCCUUCAUCAUCUGCGACUUCCACUCCAUCAGUAAAAAAAAAAGCCAACAUGGAGUCGAGAUAUCAGUGUACACAGUUCCCGAGAAGAUUAAUCAGGUGGAAUAUGCUCUCAACACGGCCGUCACACUGCUGGACUUGCACAAUGACUAUUCUGACAUCCCGUAUCUACUUCCUAAACACGGUGAGUGA